AUCUACCUUGACGAGUGUGCAAUAGAAGACCAUCAGCAUUUGUCGCAGAAUUUGUUGUUGAGGAAUGGUCUAGCAAUGAUGCUUUCGAUACAUUUCUAUGGUAUGUUAAAACUUUAACAUUCUGUCGCCAUUCGUUGUUUAUUUAACUUAUGUCACCACUGGACUCCGGAAUCAUGUGCAGGGCUUUAAAAGGUCGAUGUAAAUCUGAGGGGACUGUUUCCAUAACAGGAGCAGUGUUGACUGGAGAUAAUACCAGCAAAGAUAACACGCAUCUUUCGUUUUAAUAGUAGCAUUACCAGAUGUAUUCUCUCUUGAUAUAGUUGACAAUAUCUUGCAGAUUAUAUUAUUAUACACUACACAUACUAUUGCGCCAGCAGUAGCUAUAUCUAUAAUAUAACAUACUAUAAACAACCUGUCUGAAAGCCACCCACCAAGCCAUCUGAUCUUCGAGAAAAAGUUGAAUGACGUCGGGACACAAAAGCUAGUCCAGAGUGGCAAAGAGAAGUUAUCUUGGAUGGAAGAACUCUGGGACAGUUGCACAGUUCGGCAAGUGUGAACAUCAAUAGGAGCUGAAUGAUUUCCCUUCAAGGUAUUUCACACAUUUGUUCCACCACGUUCGCUCGACAAGCACGCACAGAAACAGCGGGUGUAUCCGGGUAUGGGAACACUUGUACGGGUAGCUCUCUUGAUCUGCCACCUCACCGUGGCUCACACAGGUGAGUAAAGUGGUGGUUGUGUAAUUCAGAAGUUAACGAAUUUUGUAUCUAAAAAUCUAGUGCUUUACUAUUUUCAGUAUUAUUUUGCGCAGAAGCCCAUAUAUUUAGUGAUAUCAUUAAAGUGGCAUCGACUUUUUAGGUGAAACAUUUUUGUUUUGGAUUAAGGCAAUUCUUUCCUGUGUUUUUUUUCUUUUUUUUUUUUUGUGUGUGUGUCUUACUCAAUUUUUUUUCAUUUCUCCAAAGCUUGCUCAAUGUUGUAUUUCAUUUAAAUUUUUUUUUUGUUUUCUUACUCCCAUUGUGUUGUCAUUUUAGUUUAAAAAUAAACAUCAAAACUAUGGAGGACAUGUUUUCACUUAGUUUUCUUAAUUUGUUUUUGAUUCUAACCAUAUUCUGGAGAGACAAUCGGCAUAACAGACUGCUAUAGGGACGCCAUUGUUUGCAGAAAGCAAAUUCUCUUGAAAUUUUUGGAGCUUAGGUGUUGCUUGUUUAUUUGUUUACGCUUUACGAUUGGUUUGAAACAGACACUAAGCAGCAGCGGAAGUUUCUCUGUAUGUACAGCACCACUGUCAAUGUCCAUUCUCUCGAGUAGUACAGUCAUGUACAUUCAACUACCCAAACUUCAGGACCAGUGGUCACUGGCAAGCAUGUAGUUUUGUUCACAUCAUAAAUGCUAACACGUGUGUGUUUGCUUAAUCGACAGAUGAAAAACAAAUUUAAGUAGCAGCGGCGGCUAACAAGAGUAAAUAGAUCAUUGACAGAUAAACCAUCACGAACUGUAUUGGAUUUCAGUUUGUUUUAUUUGAAAAACUUGAGUUAGCUUAAUCGUUCUCUCAUUAAUUUCUUAUUGAGUAGUGUUACAUCCUUUUUGUAUAUGUUCUUCAUGUUUGCAUAUUAAAUAAGAUUUAAAUGAAUAUUUUUCGGGUUUGUUUUUUUUUUUUUUUUUUUUUUUUUUUUUUUUUUUGAUUGGCAUUGCCCAGGCUUCUCUAUCUUUUUAGCGGUCCAUCUUUGCUUUGAAUAAACAUGUUUACUUUUAUAGUGCUAUUAUAUACUUUUAAUCCCAAAUUUGUAAUAGAGAAUUGAAAAGUAUAAAACUUAGGUCCUUAGUAAAGUCCAUUUUCCGACAACCGCUUUAUUCUGACGUUAGUAAAUUGAUGUCCUAAAAUCAAUAUUUAUUCAAACAAAUCGUUUUUGCUGAGGAAUUGUUUUCUUAGCCAGUUAGUAAGACAUUUGCAUUGUUUCGAUUCUUCUAGAAACGUGCAGCUAUGAAGUUUCUCUUCCUGCGAUAUAUUCAUAUCAGGAAGUACCACUGCCUUCAGUGAAUGUAAGCAACAGCCUCGUUCUGGAAGUGAAGGCGUGUAUGGAUGCUCACCUGGCCAUCAGCAAUAGUCUUGACCUCAGUAAGGACAUGUUUGAGUUCGUGUUUGGAGCAGGGUCUAACACGAUCUGUUCUAUACGAAGCUGCAGACAAUUCUGCCAGAUUACAAAAACGUUUGACAGGACUCUGUCAUGUAAUGAGUUUCGGAAAGUCUGGAUCGCAUGGGGACCGCCAGGGGUCAGGCUAGGGGUCGGAGGUAAGGCAGACAACAACACCCUCCUGACAACAACAUGCGGGGCCUCUCUAACUGUUCACCACGUCUGGAUCAGCAUGUACGAAACGACAAGCGGCGACUGGAGAGUUGAUUGCACGUACAAUGAAACAUCCGCUUCAACAAAAUCAGAUCUGGCAAAGUCAACGGCGACACCAACACCUACAGCACAAAAUACGACUCAGUCUAGUAUGCAGGAAACAACAACUUCAGCAGCUUCCAGCCCUUCGCCCAAUACUUCCAGAUAUUUCUGCGAGCAGGUCAGACAAUCGUCCAUCGAGAUGACAGCAGAGAAAAUCGUGAAGGAGCUGAGGCUCAAAGAACAGACGUCAGCCAGACGUCGUCAGCUGGAGACCACCAGCGACCACAGAGCAUCAGCACAGUUGAUGGGGCUGACAGCUGUGGCAGUGCUCGUGACAGUUGCUUUGGCAGUCAUCAUCCCUGAUCUCAUCGCCCUGUUCGUCUGGACGACCGUGAAGUUACAAAUGGUCAAGAAACAAGGACUCAAGACCUCUCGCCUCUCACCGGAAGUGAUUCCCACGGAAAUCGCUUUAUCAGAAUUCAGCGUUGUCGCUGGCAGUCAUCCAGAUUUUCCGAAUGCUCAUAGAUGAAAGAGGAAAAGCCAGCCACUAGACCGGUAAAGAAAAUGGAGAGAAAUAAUAAGAGCGAGCAAACGAGACAAUUCCUGAUCAUUGUUACCGUCGAGAUGUUUAUCACUGAACAAUAAUGUCUUUUAACGAUGGUCCAUGGGAAGCAAUCAAAUUCCUUUUCAAGGAACAGCAAUUUUUAUUGUCUCCCUUGCAUUCUCCAGCUUGGUGUGUUUGGCUUUAGUUGACUCUAUGUACUCUUCCUUUCUCGUGUUUCUUUGUUAACAUAUAUAUAUAUACCUUCAAGUAAUUUCACUAUAUAUUUACUCGCACAUAGUGUAGUGAUGUUUUUAUUUACCUUUGAUUUUAUUGCAACUUCUUCAACAGAAUCAACCCUACAUUCCAGUAUUCAAACUUUCAAAAGCAAAAAAAAAUUCAAAAUACUUAUCGAGUUUAAUCAAAUAUAUGGCUGUCGGUUGCUUGCUGGUGUUGCAUAUUUAGAUUUUGCCCUUAAAAGCCCUCUGAUGACUGGCAGACGUUUAUCUUUAUAAUGUAUGUAGCUUAUAAUUAGAAUCUUAUUUGAUAAUUGCUACCAACUUGUGACAUCCGCUUGUAAUCACACGGUCUAUGUUCGUAAAAUUGCAUCAUUUUCUUCUAAUUUUUGAUGGAAACUGUUUCGGUUGUAACAGAUUUUGUUUUCAAUCUCCGUGU